ACUCGAGCAGGUCGUUUGCAUGUAGAGGCUAACAUCGAGCAGAUGACGUGCCUUUAUAUCCCACAGCAACGGCAAGCCGUUUCCAUGGUGGUCAGCCCAUUUACUUCUAUAGAGCAUUCGGAUUAUUGGGUUGAUCUUUGUGGCUCUCUGACUGUGUGAACGCGCGUGCGAGAGAGAGGAGGAGAUGGCGGCGGUGUCGUUUAGAUGGUUACUACAGCUGCACAAGGACGUGCCCAAAGCGGCUCGGUUCUACUCGGAGGGGUUGGACUUCACCGUCAACGUUUGCACUCUCCGUUGGGCCGAACUCCAAUCCGGCCCUCUCAAACUCGGCCUCAUGCAAUCCCCCAGUGACCAUAUCCCGCAGAACGGAUACUCUUCACUUCUAUCAUUCACAGUGACUGACAUCAACAGUACAGUGACAAAAUUGAUGGCAUUAGGAGCUGAAUUAGAUGGUCCCAUCAAAUAUGAAAUCCAUGGAAAGGUUGCAUCCUUGAGAUGUAUUGAUGGCCACAUGCUAGGCCUUCAUGAACCGGCUUAAGAGGCUCAAGAAAUGGCCUUCCUCCAAUUCUAGCAAAUAAAGCCGCUCAGAGCUUUAUUGUGGCAUCUUGAAUUCUUUUGUUGACAUAGUGAAAGCAAGAGGUGUUUCACCUUUCUUUGGAUUCCCUUCAAAAAUCGAUGGUGUAAAGUGACUUGGACCUGAGCAUAUGGUAUUUUAAUUAUCCAAGA